AUGUCCUCGACGUCCAAAGCCACUCCUGACGAGGCAGCUCCAGCUUCCGACGUCAUCCUCAACGACGCGCUUCCCGAAGUCGAUGCUGUUGUUGAUACCGAGGACGUGCCCGAAGACGACAGUGGCGAUCUUUACAGCGACGGUGAAGCCUCUUCCGAGGCCGAAUUUGCUGUCGCCGUUGCCGAGGACAACCAAACUAUCGAUGUGAACGAUACAACACAUGACACCGAAGCUGACGGUGUUGAUGAACCUUAUGAGGCUCCUAACAGUAGCGUCCAUGAUGCUGGCAGUGGCGGCAAUGCUGAAGACGCUGGCGCUGCCGGCGGUGUCAGUGAGGGCAAGGCCGAGGUCAAGGAAGGCUCUGCAGUGGCGCCGCCAUCGUCAUCGGAUGAAACAGCACUCGGCACAGGCGACACUGAGUCUGCUGCACAAGGUACUUUAGAGAGUCCACAGCCUGAUGCUGACCAAAGAGAUACAGCUGACGCCGUACAUGCGUCUUAUGCCUCCGCUGCUCCUCUUGAUGCAUCGCCUUCUUCCGCCUCGCCUCUGGCUGAGACAAAGAAUGCUGAAUCGCUUCUUCCAAACAAUGUCAAUGAAAUUAAUGACACCGAAGAUGUCAGAAGAGAGGCAGUCGAUGCCCUCAAUGUUGACUUGACUGCCGCUGAUGUUGAUGUUGUUGCCGAGGAUGCUCCUUCCGCAGUCCCUGCCGUGGCCAGAUCCCCGUCUCCUCUUCCUUACAUCGACGAUAUCGCCAUGCUCGACACGGGAGAGCCAGGCGAAAUUCUCCCAGGCUGCCCUACUGAGUCGUCGUUUACGUCCUCUCUCCAGCCUCAAGCCACAUCGGCCGCUUCGGUGGACGCUGACGAAAAGGCUCAUGUCUCGGAGAAUGGCAGUGGCCCGGGAUUAGAUUUUGACAAGAUGAUAGAUGCUAUUUCAGCCGAUGCUGCUAAACCGCCUGCAGGUGCAUCACAGGCUCCCAUUGGAGCACCCAAAGGUCCUUCCAAGCCCUUCCCACGACCUCCCACUGGUCCUGCUAGUAUGACUGGGAGACACCAAAACAACCCUAACCUCCCGAAGCCACCCGGUGUAGCCGUGCCUGGAAGUACUGGCGGUGCAGCUUUCCUGGCUGCUCCUCCGCAGCUCCCAGCCGGCGGUGGUGGCAGACGCGGUCAAACUGCUCGUGCUGCCCAGGGCCAGACCCCGGCUGCUCCUCGACAAGCGAAUAAUACGCGUGAAAAGGCCGCUGUAGACCGGGCCUAUCAAGCGUUUCUGAAUGAAGAGAAGAUACAUGUUGCAGAGGGUAAAUGGGAGGCGUUUCCUGAAGGCUCGCGCAUGUUUGUUGGUAUGUAG